UCUCGGCGAAUAUAAAAUGAGUAGAUUGGAAGAUGCUUCGACUAUUGUAUCAUCAUCAAUUAGUUAUUAGUGUAUGGAGAUUAGAGAAAAAUUGGCAACCGCAUCCUCACUUUCAAAAGGCUAAGAAAGUGGCCGGAAAAUUGGGAAAUCUUGACCUAAAUUAGAGAUUAGAAGCAUUUGACCUACAACGUGGCAGUGCCUGCACAUUGAACCAGAAUUUGCUUCAAUUAGUGAAAAAACAAAAGAGAUAGAGGGCGAGCUAACCUAUCUAAUCUUUCUUUCUUUCUUUCUUUCUUUUCGAAUCUUCCAAACCCAAAGGAAAUGACAGGCAAAGCAAAGGCGAAGGAGAGAAGAGAAAAGAGACUUCAAGAGGUCUCCCUCCUCCGCACUAUUCCCUACUCCGACCACCAGAGGUGGUGGUCUUCGGAUACUGUGGCUGUGGUGACGGGUGCUAACAGAGGAAUUGGAUUCGAGAUCGCCAGACAACUUGCAGGGCAUGGAUUAACGGUUAUACUUACAUCGAGAGACACAAGUGUUGGCCUUGAAGCAGCCAAGGUCUUGCAAGAAGGAGGUUUCAAUGUAGAUGUUCAUCAACUCGAUGUCUUAGAACCAUCAUCAAUCGAAGAGUUCUGCGAGUGGAUACGGGAAAAAUAUGGUGGCAUAGAUAUUCUGGUUAAUAAUGCAGGUGUUAAUUAUAACAUUGGUUCUGAUAAUUCUGUUGAGUUUGCCAAGGAUGUCAUCGCUACCAACUAUUAUGGCACUAAAAGUAUGAUUAAGGCUAUGAUUCCUUUAAUGAGACCUUCUUCUGCUGGUGCUCGUAUUGUUAGUGUGAGUUCUCGGCUCGGUAAAUUAAAUGGCCGACGCAAUAGACUUGAGAACCCGACAUUGAGACAACAACUAGGUGAUUUGGACACACUCUCUGAGGAACUCAUUGAUAGGACUAUUGAAACUUUCCUAAAAGAAGUUGAAGAGGACACUUGGAAAUCAGGUGGGUGGCCUCAGACAUUAACUGACUACUCAAUGUCAAAACUCGCCGUUAAUGCUCAUACCAGGCUAAUGGCAAACAUACUCUCUGACCGCCCAGAAGGCGAGAAGAUUUACAUCAAUUGCUUCUGCCCAGGCUGGGUGAAGACUGCUAUGACAGGGUGGGCUGGUAAUGUUUCAGCUGAGAAUGGCGCUGACACUGGAGUGUGGCUUUCACUGCUUCCCGAUCAGGCAAUAACAGGAAAGUUCUUUGCAGAGAGACGUGAGAUAAGCUUCUGAGGCAAUUAGCUGAAGACUAUUAUAGAUGAGUAGAAAUCCAUAAAAAGAAAAAGGAAAUGUAAAUUGUUAGAGAAAAGUUUUUUUCCACCCAGGCUCAUGUAAUGAAGUUAUUGUUUCAUGGAUUUUCUGAUGAACGAGAGAGUGAGCAACCAUUACUGUCUGGACUGGAUGGAGACAAAUGGUAAUUGCAUAAUAUGUUUGAAUCUCCAGAAUAGUAUUCAAAGUACUUGACGGAGAGUAACC